CGCAAGCGCACACACGAGGAAAAAGUCGUGUUGUUUGUCACAGGGGUGUUUGACGGCGACUCCUGCCUGCUUGCUGCCCACGUUGGUACACCCUUCACACACCACCGCCCACACACCACCCAGCACCCGGGCACCUUCCCCUGGUCACCUUCCCCAAGGGAGCGAAAAUUUCGGAAGCUGUGUGUCAGGGCUGACACUAUUGACAGCGCUAACUACAACCUUUUCUCUGCUGCCUACCAGCCGUUUUUCCGUCCAGCCUCCCUAUCUAACUGUCGGUUGCCCCCGGGUCUCGACUUCCUUCUUCUUCUCCAUCAUCUUCUUCGCCUUCCUCUCCUCUCUUUCCCCUACCUCUCUCUCCUCUCCUCUGCACUUUGCAUCACAGCCACUGUGUCCUCCCACAGCAACAGCAGCAGAGUGGUCGGAUCACCUUGUGGCUUCCUCCCACAGCGUGUUGGCGUGCGUGUGUGGCUGCCGAGUAAGCAUAGCGAGCGAGUCGGUGAUCGACACGCAACGGGUACAACACAAAGAGGAAGGAAACAAGCGAGGGCACGCAUCCGUCUGCUCCUGCUCCGCCUCAGCAACAGCAACAGCAACAGCAGCAGCGAACAGCAACACACUUUUUUCUUCAGAUGACAUCCAAGAGCUUGGACGCGGUCCAGCAGAUGGGGUCCACACCCCAGCAACUGCCCUGGUCACCGCAAAGCUCACGCAAGCACACCGACGACAAGCUUCCUUCUGACAACACCGACCCUCAACCCAAGAAGGAGCACAAGCUUCGAGGUCUGAUGCGCAAGUUUCGCCGCAGCACCAACAACAACAGCACCAGCAACAGCGGCGGUGGUGGUGCGGAGAGAAACGCGUCUGCAUCACAAGCGGACAGCGAUGGCCUGGUGCCAUCCCCUGCAUCGUCCGAGCUCACCCUCAGCACGACGGUGAGUGCAAGCACAGCAUCAACCGCCAACGGCAACCACGGGGACGGCAGCGGAAACCCGACGCUAGCGCAACUCAAAGCCUCGCGGCGUCGACAGCACGAGAGCGCAAUGGCCUCCGCUGGUGUUGGCGAGGGCGCGCCGCUGGAGCUCAAGUCCCUCGGGCGGGAGCUGCACCGCCACAAGGUGGCCGCUACCCCGCUGGCCGAUGUGGCAAACAUCGUGCACGAGCGCAGGCUUGUUGGCGGUGAGGCAACCGACACGUCGACCAUGAGCAUCGGUGUGGAGGACCUGAGCUGGGAGGAGGAGCCUGGCGCCUUUCUCCGCGACCUCCUUCACCAGCAGCAGCAGCAGUGUGAUGAGCACCAGAAGCAGGACAACCAGCACCUGUCUGCAAGCGAUGCCGAAGUGGACGGAGACACAUCUGCCACACACACGCCGUCGACAACGUCCCCUGCGUCGCUCCCUGCCCGCUCGCGCCUUCCCGCAGUGGAGGACCACACCGAGAACGGCAGCAACAGCAACAGCAAUGCAGACGCCAGUAACAGCCACAACAGAAGCACCAGCAGCAGCAACACGAACAACAACAACAACAGCAGCAGCAACAGUGACGGCGCGCGGGGGCAGCUCGAGUCUGCCGUCGCCACAGCGGACCUUGAGAUGCUCUCAAGCUGCAACACCAGCCUGGACCACACCAACACCGCAACUACCUCCACCGCCGCAGCGGCAGUGCACACGAACGCCAGCGCCAACGGCACCAUGGUCGUGGUGAACGGCGGUGUUGGUGUUGAGCACAGCGACCACGAGGUUGAGAGCAAUGCCAGCAGCACAGCACGUCAGCACAGGCACGCGCACGUACAUGUAUCCACACACGGCGACAGCACUGAGGAGAGCGACUGCGCGUCGCUCGCAUUUGAGAGCUGUGCGAGCGGGCUUGACUCCGACGAGGAAGGCGUGCGUGAUGUACUGCGGUCUCUGGCGCUCUCAUCUCUGCAGGGAGAUGGUGCACAGCGCACGCGUCGACACGGCAGCCCGCUCGUUGCCGGCGGUGACCUGGUCACGGUGUCCACCGGCGCACCCGUGCACGUACACCAGCACCACCAGCCCGGGGUCGGGCGUGGUGUUGCCGCUGCUGGCAAGGCUGACGGCGCAAACAUGGACGAGCACGAGCAGCGUCGUCAGCGCGCGUUCCUGAUGCGGCUUGACGACGACGACUACGACCUGCACCUGCCGAGCGGGGUGCGCAUGUCGGGCCCGAGCAGCGGCGAUGACACGGAGGCGGUUGCCGACGACAGCACCAGCGACGUGCAGGGCCUCGCCACUGACGCCGACGACGACGUUGAUGACGGCUUUGAUGGCGUGAAACACAGCAACAGCAGCAGCGGUCGUGACGAGGAUGAUGCACGCGCUGACACGGCGUCACACCACAUGCACGCAACGGACCACCACCACCAUCACCACCACCACCACCAUGACGACAGUGACGACGAAUCAGUGCCGCAUGCGGAGGUGUCUGUCCACGAUGCCACCACACACACACCAUUGCACGAGUCGCGGAAACAGCGAACUGUGCAGUCGUUCGAAAGCGACGUGCACGUGUGUGGUGGGUACGUGUCGAGCGAUGGUGAGAGCCGGCCCUCCCUCGGCACGCCUGUGCGAAGCGGGGUUCCAGCCGUCAACGUUUGUCCGCGCAAUGGCGCUGAUGACCAGCAAGCAAGAAAUGACACCAACGACACGAGCGUGCAUGACGAUACCGAAGCAGCAGUGCUCUCCUCGCAUUCAUCACCACAACCAUCAUCACCACCACCAGCAACCGCAUCGUCAGCGACAGCGGCUGCGUUCCAUUCCACCCCAAAGGGCAGCCGCCCCGUUGCACGCGCUCUGUUGCCCGCAGGCAAUGCUGGCAACAAUGAUGACAACAGCGCGGACGACGAUGCUGCGCUGGCAGCGCACCCGACCGACCUCGAGAUGGACACGGCUCUCCUUGAACACGCCCAAGUUGUUGGGCUGCACCCGCUCCCACACCACGACGAGCAACACGUAACCAGAGGCGCUGAUCGUGAUCAUGUUGCCACUGAUGCUGCUCCUGCUUCCAAUGAUGGUGAUGUCACCAUUACAAAUGUGGACGGAGACCAACAGCAGCGGCAGGACCUGAGCAUGAGCGAUUUCAGUUUCUCCAGCCACUUCCGCAGCCACGCAGUCGAGGGUGCGUCCCCCAACACCAGCGGGCUGUCGGCAGCGUCGUCCAUCAUCACCAACGUGGACGCACCGCAUGCGACGGCACGCCACCAGGCACCGGGCCAUGGUGGUUACGCGCACAGCGACGACGACGAAGUGCAGUCAAAUGGCGACGACCACAACACCAUGGACCACGUCAUGGGCCACCCCAUGCAUGCGCCGGACGUGUCGCCCAACAGCCUGUACCGGUUCCACGAGGUUGCGGAGGUGCCGCUGUUCCGGGUGCUGCCACGGCCGUCGAGCAUGGUGCUUGACGAGUCGAUGGCGCGGCACGUGGAGGAGCUGGAGGAGGCCCUCGCCCGGCACAGCGACCGACUCGAGACACAGCGCUCGCCGUUCUAUGCCGGCCACGGCUACGAGUCAACCACUCCGAGAGGCGCGGGGCAGUUCACGUCCAAGCGGUUCUGGCCGUACCCGGUGCCGCAGCACGAGGUCACGCUCCCCUCCCGCGCAAUCGACCCCAUCGACCCCAUCGACCCCGCACACGAGCACACGCACACAGCAGGUGAUGGCGACUAUGCAAACAAGAACGCGCACACCACCAGCGGCAGCGGCAGCGACGGAGAUGCGGGAACCAUCAGCAGGCGCAGCAGCAGCAUCCGAACCAACACCAACACCACCACGAGCGGUGGCAGUGGGAGCGGAAGUGCACCUGUUCACGGCAGCAGCGGCGCUGUUGCGACGGCCAUGCGCUAUCUGCAGGAGUGCAGCACACGUGGCGAGACAGCCUCCCCUGUUGUCAUGCGUGGGUGCGAGGGCUUUGUCCAGCACGCCCGCGGUGGCACCUUUGAUGCACACACCCUCUACAGGUUUAUGGAGAUGGCUGCGCGGUAUUAUCGCACCAAGUUCACGUCGCUGCCGCACUGGAACUUCACCGGCGAACACCAAUCGGAGCCCGUGAUUGUGACAAUUGGGCUGCGCAACGGCGAGCAGAGCAGCCGGGAGGUGCCCAACUUCCUGUGCAUGAUCCGCACCAUUCGUCGCGCGUACAAGGGCGAUGUGCGCCCAGACGAGCUCUCCCCAGCGCCCGAUGCUGCCGAAAUUUGUCGGGUGGCGUUUCCAAAGCUCUCCAUCAGUGGGCUGGAGGCGAUUUGCAGCGAUCACAUGGACGACGUGCGGCAGCGGCUGAUUGCCGUUGACGAGCACAUGAUCAGGGACAGAUUCAAGGUUGCGCUGCUGCACGUGCUGCCGGGACAACUGGACCAGGAUUCCGUCAUGGCAAACACGGCAGAGGAUGACUCACCCGCGUACUCGAAGUUUCUGCACGGGCUGGGCGAUGUUGUUCCGAUAGCGUCGUUUGCGGGCUACAAGGGCGACUUGGAGGGCUUCCGAGAAUCGCUCUACACUGCUUUUGACGAGAAGGAAAUCAUGUUCCACGUCGUCUCAAUGAUGCGCACGCAGCGGCCCCAAUCUGCGGCCGAGAUCCGGCGACUGGUUGGAACGAGCCUUGUCUCCGUUGUGUUUCUGGAGCGCGGUGCGCAUUUCGUUCCGAAGGCAUUUAACUUCCAACUCCUCCAUGUCUUCAUCGUCGUGCAGGAGAGCGAGGAGAUGGCGCUGGACUCCGGUCCGCUGUAUGACAUUCGUGUCGUUUCUCGCGACUCGGUGCCCUGGUUUGACCCUGUCAUCCCUACACAGCCUCUGCCUGCGACCGAAAUGCGGCGUUGGGUUCUCAACAAGAUUGUGAAUGCAGAGCUGGCCAUGCAACAGAGCGGGGCGCUGGCGAAUGUUGCGCGCCAGGCGCGGGAGCAGCAGAUUCGCUCUGCGGUUGCCGACUUCAACGCGUGGAAAUUCUCGGAGCCGAGCACGAGUGUGGAGAUGCAGCACGCCAUCCGCUCGUUUGCCUCGUCAUGCAUCGUCGACGUCAGCGCCCUGCCUUCCUCCGCCCUCUGCCUCCCGGAGAAGUUUGUGCAUGACAUUGCGUUGAACCACGCUGUUGAGCGCGAGAUGCAAGGCCUCCGCUUGUCCGGAUCAGACGCCCGCCCUGCUCCAGCCCGCACCCUCGCAGAGAGCAAGGCGAACCGCUCGAGCACCAUCCAGCGCCGUCGGGACAUUCGCGGCGUUUCUGAGGGCCUCCAGUCAUCGACGUCAACUGCCCCAGCAGGGCACCAUCGCUCGCUGCACCGCGGGCCGGGCUCUGUCAGUUCCAGCUCGCUCGCGUCGGGCGUCUCUGAGGCCAACGGGGGUGUGCUGGUUGAAGGCCGCGGGUUAAAUCUGGACCACAUUGCCACGCUGGACGUGCACGAACAGGUUGGGCGGCUGCGCAAGCUCGUGCUGACGCUUGCAGACGAGAGGGACACACGCACGCAGGAGGUGGAGACGCUGCAGACGGCAAAGCAGGAGCUGAUGGAGAGCAACAUCCAGCUGAGGGCAGAGAUUGCCCGCCUCUCAAAGGCACUGCGAAACAGCAGGGAAAGCUUCGAGCACUGCUACUCUGAGAACGAGCGGUUGGCGCGGAAAGUGGCGGAUCUUGAGCUGGAGCUGAACAUGCCGGCGGAGGUGUAACGCCCACCACACAUAUGCUGCCGCAGUCCUUUUGUCACUGAAUGCAACUACGACCACGAUGCCUGCAGCCACCAUCGCACAUGCCGCCAUUACUAUCCCUCUGCCAUCACCAUCCCCCUUGUCAAAUCCCUCAGAGUGGUGCACCUGUUACUCUUGUCCCGUUCACUGGCUCGCCUGCGUUUGUCACUAUUCGCUUUUGUUCUAUCAACAUUCUCGAUUUCUUGAUUUAGCUGUGUGUUAUUGUCGCCCCAGCUGUACAUACCGACAUUGAAUGCCAGCCCUCCUUCCCCCUUCCUUAUUGUUCCCAAAGUUGCUCUGUCUGCGGUAGGUGGGGUGUGUUUCUGCUUUGUGUGAACUUGUUCGUGCGUGAUUUCAGGGCUGCUUGAUCACUAUCAUACCUGUCCCAAGACUCAGUUCACUGUGCUGUUGUUAAUUGUUGACGUGGGGUUACUCGUGCUUCACUAGCCGUGUUUGCUGUUUUGGCCAAUGUGUCUGUGGUGUCGCUUGUUGCUAGCUCUCUUGUAUGGCUUUGAUGUAUGACGCGUCACGUUCUGUGGACGUGUGCGAUUUGCCCAAUAAAUGCAUCA